UGGUGAGAGAGCGUGGUAGUCACGUAGAUUAAUGAAGGAGCGUGAGAUAGAACAAUCAAAUUACGCAAAGUCACGCCGCAGUAACGGGACGUUAAGGCAAAAAGCCGUCAUAAAAACAUUAAAACCUCUCACAUUGUCUGUUUUUGGGCGGCGCUUUUCAGUCAAACCCUCGUUGACCGUCUCUCUCUAUAAACCAAAAACCUUUUCCUUUAUAAAUUAAAACCAAACAACGUCACUUCUUUAUUCUCUAAACGAGAAUAUUUUUUUGGUUAGCAAUGGCUCCAAAACGAGUGAAUGGUACUAACACCGCUGUGAGUGAAGGCGGCGGAAGGAAGACGACGGAGAUGAUGAGGAAGGAAGUGCACUUUAGAGGUGUGAGGAAGCGUCCAUGGGGUAGAUACGCGGCGGAGAUCCGUGACCCGGGAAAGAAAACCCGAGUUUGGCUCGGAACGUUUGACACGGCGGAGGAAGCUGCUAGAGCUUACGACACCGCCGCAAGAGAGUUUCGUGGCUCCAAAGCAAAGACUAAUUUCCCUCUUCCCGGCGAGUCUACUGCCAUCAGCGACGGUGCCGGAGGGAACGAUUCUUACGUCAACCGUUCGGCGUUGACGGCGGCGCGUGAGAUGACGCGUCAGAGAUUUCCGUUUGCAUGUCACCGGGAGCGUAAAGUCGUCGGUGGUUAUGCUGCUGCCGGUUUUUUCUUCGAUCCGUCAAGAGCUGCUGCGUUAAGAGCGGAGCUUUCUCGGGUUUAUCCGGUUCGGUUUGAUCCGGUUAAUAUCGAGUUGAGUAUUGGUAUUCGAGAAACCGUAAAAGUUGAACCGAGAAGAGAACUAAACCUGGAUCUUAACCUAGCUCCACCGGUGGUGGACGUUUAGAUUUUUUUCUUUUUUCUUAAUUUGUUUUUUUUACAUUGCCGGAAAAAUAUUUAAUGUUUUUUUCUUCUGCAUUUUUUUUAGUAGAUGAGAAAAAAGGAAAAUCUCCUAUAUUAUUGGCUAUGUAAUUUUAGAAAUUUUUAGAAAUCUCUUGUUUAAUUAGUUUCCAUAUGGUUCCUCUAUGUAGAUGUAAUUAGUAUUAAUCAAAUAUCUCCUUUUGAUCUGUUUAUUAAA